AAUUUUUCUGAAACUUGGAAGCAGAAAACCCAAGAGGCGGAGAAACUUUCCGUCAGAAGUGGAUUUAAUGUGAUUCAGCCAGUAUCCCGUCACAUGCACAACAAGCCUUAGGCAUGGUUGCCAGGACGUCAAGCCCUCACCAUAGCAAUACCAUAGCAACCUCAGUACAUAGCCCUCCAAGCCCCGCCCCUAGCUCCUCACCUCCCAAUACAGGCAGUACAGCUAUGCACCCAGAUGAACUACAUUCAAGAGGCCAAAGAUUAACCAAAGAAUCGAUGAAGAAAUACCUAGAGGACCGAUGUCAUCAGACAGUCGUCAUACAACAUGCCAAAGUAGCCCAGAAGUCGUACGGGAACGAGAAAAGUGGAUGAUGAUAAAUCAGAAAGUGAGGAAUUCACGGUUCGAGAGGGCUACAUUCACUACGGGUCUACCAUCAAACUAGUGGAUACAAUCA